AAUUUCAGUUUAUAUCAUCAGCGCGAUCAUCGGCCCGACUUUCUCGAAAAUCAACAUCUUCAGGAAAUAGGAAGAACUCACAGAGUUUCGCCUGUCUGUGUGUCUGUAGACUCAAAUCCGAAAGAUGAUCCACAUCUUACUAAUGAGUCCGACGACGUCACACCGUCUGACUUCCACCGAGGCCCUUCCUCACGCAACAGGUCAUCACCAUUCUCAAGAUCACUAACUCCGCUUCAAGAAGAGCCAGAAGGUGGAAAGGAUGGCGCGAAUGGAAGCGUCUUUUCUGUGAUAAAGCUAUAA